UUGUGAUGUUUGUUGUUAACCCAAAAAGGGAUGGCGGCUUUGUUUAUUGCUAAGAGAGGAAUCAUAAACAUUUACAGAGGAUCGCCGAGAAACUACAACAACAACACUCUUCAAUCUUCUCGUUGCUUCACCUCUCAAGGAAGCGAUGGGGCUGGAGAGUCAUCUGCGAGUAUGAAUGAGGCGAGACAAGAGGCGAUGGGGACAAGUACAGAUACUAAGGCUCCAAAUGUUUCAGUCAGCUAUGCAGCAGAUACUGCAAAAGAAGGGUUGAAACGAGCCACAGAAUUAGCCAAGGAGACGAGCGAAAACCAUACUGAAACAGAGGAUGCAGCAGCCAUGGUUGCAGGCGGUGAGGACGAGAAGGAAGAGAACGUGACCGUUGGUGAAAUAGAAACUCUUAAAGGAAAAAAUCAGUCUUCAAGCUGAGAAAAAUGUGUCUGUAUGUUAAAGGACAAACAAAUCAAUAAUGUUUUUUAAUGCGUCAGAAUGUUAAAAUAGUUCUGACAUAAAAGCAGAAACAAUCAGACAAAUAUGUUACAAAAACAAAAACAAAGGGACAAUCUUAAACAGAGUAAAGCCGAAAAAACUAGCCUUGUCAUCAUCUUUUUAGAAGAUUAAUCUGUCUUUAAACCUGAAUCUUGAACUUGUCAAAUCCCCUCAGGAACAUAUCAAGUUCGGUUUAAUUAAGAGACGGUCUAUCCGGUCAACAGAAGUUGUGUACUUCUGUGAUAAUGUGGCUGACCAAAUAUGGAGAAAAUAAGUUAAGGAGAUAAUAAAACCAUAAAUGUGAAUGUUUUCCACGACUAAUUGGAAUAGAUCAAAUUCCAGAAAAUAGGAGCUAGAAGCUAGACAUUGCUUAAGACCACGACGGCGGUUAAAAAAGCGAAAAUGGAUCAAGUGAUGAGCACUGGUGCAGGUGCAAGCGGUGUAAAUAAUUACGAUUACUCGUUUGUCUUAGCACGUACUUGCUUCGUCAAUACUUUUUUGACAGAUUUCAAUACUAUUUUUAUGGCAUAAUUUGCACGUAGAGCCAAAAAAUCUGUGACAUGGGAGAGAUAUGAACAAUUUAUCCCAUGUCUAACCAUGACUUGUGAUCUACUGGUGAAUAACUCGAGGGUAAAAAACCCAAUAUGGUGAAACCACCAGGGUUCGAAUCCCGGCCACUGGGGAAUUAACUACUCAUGUGGCAACACGUGAGUAGUCUGCACUACUUCUGUGGGGCCAGUAUACCCUCGUAUAAUUCAAAAUAAAAAAAAGGGUUGAGGCCAAAAUUACGUGUGUCGUCUAUGCAUUAUUAUUGAAAAGGAUUCUCAAAGUUUGAAAUACUCAAAUUAUUAUUUAACCAGAAUUCCAUAUUUUACUGCUUUUUUAAAUAUCUUAGAUACUUCUCUAUCGAACUAAGAUCAAGAUUAUUUUGGAAUUCUUUUACCAACUCUAAAUUGUGGUUUUGCCAGCUAUAUUGUUGAAGAAAUAAUGAUAAAUUGCAAUAUAUAGCAGGUAUUGCGAUUCAAUUUUAUUUAUAUUUGUAUUUUUGUUGGGAUCAAAGCUCUGUUACUAUAAAACGAAACAAAAAAACAUUUCAUACUGAAAUUAUGAUGUACGUUAAAAAUAAAAUGUUUCAAAAUAGAUGAGAGUU